AUGGAGCGACCACAACAGCAAUGUCAUAAUCAUCGACCUUACACAUGCUUUUACUGGCACUUUCCAAAUCAGAAAAGGAGGCGACCCAUAAAGAAGAUCGAUGGAACUUUUAAUUAUAAUCCAGAUGUUUACUGUGAUAAAUAUGAUGAGAAUUCAGGCACCUGUCCUGAUGGUGAUGAUUGCCCCUACGCGCAUCGGAACGCUGGUGAUACGGAAAGGCGCUAUCAUCCUCGCUACUUCAAGACCGGAAAUUGCAUCUAUGAAACCACAGAGACUGGUGCAUGUGUAAAAAAUGGACUUCACUGUGCUUUUGCUCACGGGCCCGACGACUUGCGGUUACCUGUUUACGAUAUACGCGAGGUUCAAGAUGCCUCUUCGUCCAAGGUUACUGUCAAUCUUCCUGCCAGUUUGGAGAAGGAACGGGUACUCAGUGAGGAUCCCACUUGGAAUGCAAAUGUCCACUGGUGCUUGGGCAUUAGUUACUAUCGUUUUGUAAAAUUGGUUGAUAGAAUGGAAGAUGUCGCUUACCCUCACUGUAACACGAUCUCUGUUGCUAUCUGUGACACCUUCAAUCACUCUUUCAUAAUUCCUUCUUUGUGUCGAAUGGCGUUUAAAGUAGCCUGGACACUCUCUUCUCUCCUCAUUGUGCCGCAUCAGGAGGUCAAGGUAGCUGCCUUUGAUUCUCUUCAUGGGUUCAUCUCAUGUUCUGAAAAUAUGCUUCAUGUGAUGGCGCGCUACAAGACGGAGUCGUGCCGCAAGCCGCCUCGCAUGUGCCGGCAAGGGUACUCGUGUCCCUACUACCAUAAUGGGAAGGACAAACGACGAAUGCCCGAGCGCUGCUUCUACCGCAGCACACCGUGUCCUGCUGUACGACCCGCAGACGAGUGGCUAGACAGCUCCCUUUGUGAUGCCGGUGAUGCGUGCACAUUCUGCCACACCCGCACGGAACAACAAUUCCACCCUGAGGUGCGUUCUCUCUCCCUUUUCUUAAGGUCUACUCUCAUAUUCUGUCUGUUUUGA